AUGCCCACGAAGCCCAAAAGACCAAAGUCUUCGGACUCUCAGUUUUUGUUCGUCAACGAAGAUGCUUCAACAGUCACGAGAACCACCAAAGAUGCCGAGCUCGACAGGACGAAGCAAAGCCAUGUGCAGCGCCAGAACUUCGCGCGCCGGCGCCAGCUCCGGGAACAGUCCGUAUCCGGACAACAAAGAGGGAGCCAAAGCUCUGUGUCUCCCAGUCCUGCGACGGGCGAACGUCUCUCUCAGGCCUCUUCCUCCUCCCAGGGUGCGCCCCUUUACACUGGAGACUACUCAGGCCUUUUACAGAACCUCGACCUCGGCGAUGCUCAAUUCCCAACCAGUCCGGCAGCAUUGUCGCAAGAAAUGUUAGAUCCUCAACUGGCCGCGAUUUUCUCGAACCCAUUCCCUUCCACAACUUCAACCCCUCCUGCGCUUACAAGCCCAGUCACUGGGUUCGAGGCAUCUCCGUAUCACUCUGGUCACUUCUUCGAUAUGGCCCCUCCAAAUUAUAGCGUCACCCCUCCGUCACGGGGGUCAAUGACCUCUCCUUCAAUGGCUGUGAGUCGCAUAGCGAGCCCGGGCGCAAGCAACCAGCGCAUCUUGGAGCAAUGGGCUCCGCCACUGAUUCAGCACUACAACACGAUCAUAAUACCCGAGACCUUUUGGAAAGACGUGCAAAAUGCACCCUUGGGGCGAACAAGGCAUGCGGUAUCAAUCCACGCCGAUAUGCAAGCCUGUAUGUCAGAACCCGCCCACAUGUACGCCUUCCUUGCUUCUGCUGCAACGCAAAUGCUUGUCCGAGAGGGUCGGCUUCUGUUGCCAAACGUGGCUGAAGGGGACUACCAGAGGAUCCCAACGUUCUUCAAGACAAAGGCGAUCCAGGCUAUAAGAGCGAAACUCGCCAGCGGCCAAGUCGAUCAUCAUAUCGCGGUCGAUGUUCAUCGGCUCUACGGCACCGGAAUUUAUAGUCGCAGCCUCGAACUUUCCGAGCCUCAUCUUCAGGCUCUUCUAGCUAUCAUUGAGAGCCUGGGCGGCUUGAGCACAUUUGACGACUACCACCAGGAGAGGAUGAUGUUGCUGGACUGCAUAGGCGCUCUCAUGUUCCUGAGCGUUCCUCGUUUGAUCGCGACGCUGGACCCUGGCCCACUACCUCAGGGGGCCCUCCUCGGCCUCGAAUCUCAAGGACUAUUCCGAUUUGGGCUGGGGACUAGAUUUGACGCGGCGUUUCAAACGAUCGACACUGCCCAUCUGUUGGUAGAUGCGUUCUUGAACAUGCUUCAAGUGUCUCAGGUGUCUCUUUACCUACAAGAUGCGCAGCAAUACAUUCCGGAGCACCAAAGGUGGUUUGGAUGGACGUGUCUGACGAUCCUCCACAAGCUGCUGUCCAUGCCGUUGCAUUACGAGCUGAACGGGAAAGCAGAAAGCCUCCGGAUCGCGGCUGCUUUCUGGAUCGCACUAGCCCGGGCUCCUCAUGUCGGUCGACGAGCCGCAUCGCAAUCCGCGCACGGUCUCAGGCAAUGUCUUGAAGGCAACGACGCCGACAUGCUGUGGGCCCCACACACGGAUUGCCUGUUGUGGAUCGCGGUUUUCGGUGGCAUCUGCACAGACAACGACGAUGACCUCCAGUGGUUCCUCAAUGUUUCCCGGGCUGCCGCCGCCGAGGUCGGGGUGGACUCUCCAGAGCAGUUGGAGGAUCUUCUUUCCCAGCUGUUGUACGAUCCUCCGUCUCAAAGAAGCAUGGUUCGACAGUUUGCAAGCAAAAUAUGGCCAGCUCCGGGGUCGUGA